AUGGGUGACCACUCAGAGGCCAUCCAGGAGCACCACCACCACCAUCACCAUCACCACCACAGCGCCGUGGCUGGCGAGAUCCCCGUCCCCCACGGACCCCAGGCCGACGACCAGAGCACCACAGAGAGCAACCCCGGCUCCUACCCGGACCCCAACGCGAGCCCAGAGGAGCGCCGCAUCUUCAGCCAUGUCACGCGCCCGGACGACUCCUACACCCCCGAGGGCGUCUACUGGGCCGACCUGCCCCUGUCCCAGCGCCUCUCCUUCGUCUCCAAGGUCGACCGCGAGGCCGCCAAGGAGGAGCUGGCGGCCAUUGGCAGCAUGAUGAAGAAGGACCCCCUGUCCCCCGUCGGCUGGUACUUUCGCAACGCCGUCAUCCCGGGCGCCGGCCUCGGCCUCGAGGGCUACGUCCUCUUCUCCAUCGGCAACCUCGAGCCCCUGUUCGAGAAGGUGUGGCCCCAGUGCUGGAAGACCCACGAGGUCUGCACUAAGAACUGGACGGCCAGCGUGACGUACAUGGAGAUUAUCGGCAUCAUGGUUGGGCAGGCCGGUGUUGGUGUUCUCGGUGACUGGGUUGGUCGUCGCUGGGGUCUUAUUCAAGAUGCCCUCAUCAUGUUUAUCGGUCUGCUCAUGCUUACAGCCAGUUGGGGUCUGACCCUCCAGGGCUGGGUCAUCUGCUAUGCUUGGUCGCUGUUCUUCUACAGUUUGGGUGUCGGAGGCGAGUAUCCCAUUACCGCCACCUCAUCUCUUGAGAACGCUGUCGCUUCCGGAAGACUCUCCACCAAGGAGGACCGUCUGCACCGUGGUCGCCGUGUGACCAUGGCCUUCCUGAUGCAAGGCUGGGGUCAAUUUGUUAACCAGGUUCUCCUCCUUGUCCUCCUCGUCAUCUUCAAUCGUGGCGAUGGUAGUCCCCCAUACUCGACCUCUGCCGCCCAAUAUGCGUUCCGUCUCUCCUUUGCCUUCCCCGCUGUCGGAACUGCCUGGCUCGUCUACUACCGUACCUGGAAGAUGCCAAAUGCAUCCAAGAAGCUGGCCGAGGCCAAGAGCCGCUCUCAAGUUACCGGAUAUGAUGUCACCGCCCUCAAGUACUGCGUGAAGCAUUUCGGCGGCAGACUCUUGGCCACAGCUGGCACCUGGUUCUGCAACGACGUAUUUUUCUACGGCAACAAGCUAUUCCAGGGCCAAUUCAUCAAGGUCAUUUCUAACAACCCUGAUUCUCUGGUGACUACCUGGUCCUGGAACUUGGUCAACAUCACCGUCUCCAUGGUUGGUUACUACCUCGCCGCGCUCCUUAUUGACAACAAAUUCUACGGCCGCAAGAUGAUGCAGCAGGUUGGAUUUUUCAUGUGCUUCCUUAUGUUUGUCAUUCCCGCCUUCCGCUACAAGUACUACACCUCCCCCGAGGGGAUCCACUCUUUUCAGGCCAUGUACUUUAUCUCGUCUUUCUUCAACCAAUUUGGGCCCAAUAGUGUGACAUUUUUAGUGGCAGGAGAGGUUUUCCCUACUCCUGUGCGAGCGACGGCUCAUGGCUUCUCGGCCUGUAUCGGCAAAUCCGGUGCUCUCCUGGCAUCUGUCUUGUAUGCCUACAUUGACGACCAGACGAAAUUCUACGUAGUCCCCUGGUUCGGCCUCGCUGGAAUGUUUCUCACUUGGAUGUUCCUCCCAGACACCACCGGUCUGGACCUCAAGGAACAGGAGCGUCGUUGGGCUUACAUUGUUGCUGGAAAACCCCAGGACUACCACGGUGUUGCUGUCCACCCUCAUCACCUUAGUCUCUGGGAGAGAAUUAUGGGCGAUGCGAAGUCAUAUGAUCCUAAGCUCGACUGGCAGUCUAAGGUUGAGGAUAUGCGCUCCGAGUGGGAGCGUGUCCAGGCUGAGCGCGGACCCAAGGAGGAGGGCGACGCCCACCACGGAAUGCCCGAGGAUGGAGAAUUCACACAAGAAAUCCACGACUACUUCAUGCGCUCGGCGCCGUCUCAGGGCGGAAAUGGGGGUGUCUUGUCUGAAAAGACUACGUAA